UGCUUAUCCAAGCGGACGAUGCAGGUAUGUAUGCACGCAAAAGAUAAGACCAUAUUUACGUACUUAUCAACCUUAUAAAUUCAUUUCCACACAUAUGUACAUAAAUACACUUCAUAAUCGCCACACAUUAUUAAUUGUCCAUCGUACAAAAAAUACUUGCCGUAAUAAUAAUUUCUUCUGAAUUGGAAGAUUUUAAAGUCUUGUCAAAAUGUCAGAUUUAAUAACACCAAACCAAAAACUCUCCACAAUUCCAAUAGCUGAGCUCAGAAAAUGGGACAUCUUCACCUCUGUUGAUGACAAGUUACUGGAAAAUAUCCGUCUUGCCUAUGCCUUUGGAGAACUAGGAUUUCUAGUCACAACGGAGGAUAUCGUCUAUUCGCUUGGAUCAAAUAGACAGGGAUGUCUAGGAAUUGGGGAUAGUACGGUUACCUGCUCGGUACAACCUGUGAAAGUUGAUGCGGUUUGUGGUCAGUGUGUAAUUGAUUUCAGCUGCGGUGGGAACUUCGAGUACACGUUUUGUUUCGCACUAACCGCUGACCACAGAAUAUUUGCAUGGGGUCGAAACGACUGUGGCGAACUUGGCAUAGGAUAUUCAAAUACGACUGAACUAAGCCCAAAAUUAGUUGAUUUGGGUGAAAUUAAAAUUGCUAAAAUUGCUUCCGGUUUUGGUCACAGUUUAGCCUUGACUGCAGAUACGGGAGAAGUGUAUGCAUUCGGGAGAAAUUACAGAGGAGAGCUGGGCCUUGGAGAUAGAUCAGAUCGAUCCAAUCCGUGCAAAGUGGAGGGAUUAGGAUCCGCGAAAAUUAUGCAAAUUAGCUGCACCGCCUUCAGCUCGUUCGCCCUGACGGAGUUUGGAGAGGUGUAUUCCUGGGGAGAUAGUGAAAAUGGACAGCUAGGAAUUUUACAAGUUUCCGAAAACACAAUCAGCACACCAACCAAGAUGAUUAUUGACAAACCCGUUAAAAAGAUUGCUAACGGCGCAGCACACACCCUCGCCUUAACCACAGAUGGUCAGAUUUACGCUUGCGGGCUAAAUUCGACCGGACAACUUGGCACCGGAGAUGACGUAGAUCGUUCUGCACUAACAAAUUUAGGGGAUCACUGGCCAAUUUUUGACGACAUCUGCGCCACCACGCAGACAUAUCAGAGUUUCGCGAAAGCCGGAAAUAGAGCAUAUUUCUGGGGCGAGAUUAUUCCUGGCGAAUCAAGUUAUACUUCUCCAACUGAAAUGGUGAAUAACAUGUCCAAUUUUCCUAGUCCCGUUACAGUUUUCAACAAGCGACAAUUCAUGCAUGCAUCCAUAAGUGUAAAGGAUAAAUAAGCAUUAACAUGAGA